CCCUCAUCCAUCGCGUCACCACUGCAAACGCUACCGCCGCACGCCGCACGCCGCACGCCGACGCCGACGCCGACGCCGACGCCGCGACGGCCGCAUGCUGCCGUAGACAUAGCCGUUGCGUGUGCUGUCGUCUCUGUUGCUCCUUAGACUGAUACGCUUCUCUGCUCGCUGUCGUUGCCGCACAUCGGAGUCGCCGCCAUUACUGAUUUCCGCAGGAAAAUCCUUCAGUGGAGGGAACAGCAAGUAAAGCUUUUCAUCCGAGCGCGCCGCUGCGUUGCAUUGCUGCCGCCGCACGCCAUCUUUCACCGGAAUUUUUUCCAGCGGAGAGAGAGCAGCGAGCACGACUUGGACCCUUCAACCGAUUCAGUAAGUAAGAACAUCAGAGGCUAUGUUUCGCCAUUCUAUUCAGAUGCCAAUUCAACAUGUAAGAUGGGGCAUUAAUGUCAUAGCAAAACGUGCUAUCUCCUCAUCAUUUGUAUUUUGUCAGAGAUUAAAGCAAACAGAAAAUGAUAUUGUGCAGAUGUUCAAGCUUCCAAGCAUUCCAAACAAUGAACAUAGCUUGAUAGAAUACCAAAAUCAUCAACGGACAGGCCGUGCAUUAGAUCAAAGGUUCUUGAGAAUACUAAAGAUUUUUAGAUGGGGUUCAGAUGCAGAGAAGGCAUUGGAGGUUUUAAUGCUACGGGUAGAUCGUCGGUUGGUUCGAGAAGUUCUCAAUACUGAUGUUGAUAUUAGCACUAAGAUGCACUUUUUUCGAUGGGCUGGCAAAAGAAAGAACUUUGUGCAUGACACAACAACAUACAUGGCCUUGAUUCGCUGCUUGAACGAAGAGGGAUUAUUUGGUGAGGUGUGGAAGACUAUCCAAGAGAUGGUUAAAAGCCCUUGCUUAAUUACACCAGUGGAACUAUCAGAGAUCAUUCGCAUCCUAGGUAGAGCAAAGAUGGUGAACAAGGCAUGCUCAAUUUUUUAUCAGAUAAAAGCGCGCAAGUGCAAGCCCGAUUCUCAUGCCUAUAACACUAUGAUUAUCACAAUGAUGCAAGAAGGCCGUCAUGAGAAGGUGCAUGAGCUUUAUAAUGAGAUGAGCAAUGAGGGAAAUUGUUUUCCUGACACAGUGACUUACAGUGCGCUGAUUAUGGCAUUCUGCAAACUAGGUCGUGAAGAUUCAGCUGUUAGGUUACUUGAGGAGAUGAGAGAAAACAAAUUGCAUCCCAAUACCAAAAUCUAUACUACACUAAUAGAACUGUAUUUCAAAUUGGGUAAAGUUGAAAAGGCACUAAAUUUGUUCCAGGAUAUGAGGAAUCAAUGUUGCAUACCUAAUGUUUUCACAUACACUGAAUUGAUAAAGGGCCUUGGCAAAGCAGGAAGAACAGAAGAGGCCUAUGAUAUUUUUCUUCAAAUGCAAAGAGAAGGUUGUAGGCCUGACACAGUCCUAAUGAAUAAUCUUAUGAACAUUUUAGGCAAGGCUGGACGAUUGGAUGAAGUUAUUAAUAUUUUUGGGAAAAUGGAAAAUUUACAGUGUGUACCAAAUGUUGUUUCCUAUAAUACUGUCAUUAAGGCACUUUUUGAUUCUAAUGAUCAUGCAUCAGAAGUUCCUUUAUGGUUGGAGAAAAUGAAAGAAAAAGGAAUUGCUCCCAGUGCUUUUACUUAUUCAAUUCUUAUCUCUGGCUUUUGCAAAACAAAUAAACUGGAGAAAGCCUUGAUGCUUCUGGAGGAGAUGGAUGAGAAGGCCUUUCCUCCAUGCCCAGCAGCAUAUUGUAGCUUAAUUGAUGCUCUUGGAAAAGCAAAGCGUUAUGAUGCAGCCAGUGAAUUAUUUCAGGAGCUAAAAGAGAAUUGUGGCUCCUCCACUUCUAGGGUCUAUGCUGUCAUGAUCAAGCAUUUUGGAAAAUGUGGUCGUCUAAAUGAUGCACUAGGUCUUUUUGAGGAAAUGAAACAACUGGGUUGUGUACCUGAUGUCUAUGCCUAUAAUGCCAUCAUGUCUGGUAUGGCGAGGAUGGGAAUGGUAGAUGAAGCUCAAUCUAUGCUUCGAACAAUGCAAGAACAAGGUUGUGCUCCAGACAUAAAUUCUCUCAAUAUCAUUUUGAAUGGCGUGGCAAAAUCUGGUGGACCAUUGCGUGCCAUGGAAAUGCUCUCGAACAUGAAACAGUCUAAUAUCAAACCAGAUGCGGUGUCAUAUAAUACAGUUCUUGGUGCUCUAAGCCGUGCUGGUAUGUUUGAGGAAGCAGCUAAAUUGAUGAAAGAGAUGAGCUCACAGGGUUUUCUGUACGAUCUCAUUACAUACUCAUCUAUACUUGAGGCGAUUGGAAAAGUUGAUGACAUACCAACUAACUCAGUUUGAAAUAUAUUUAUCAUCGUUGCUUUGGAUUGUUAGGCUACAACAAGCUAAUUGAGUUGCAAUGCUUGUUCUGAGCAAAUGCAUUGAAUCCCUUAUGCCCCUCUUUUAGACUAAUGUAUAUUAAAAGAAAAAAAUUACAAAAGCCCAAAGGCUGCUCACAUGCCAACAGAACUCUUGUUUUUUUCUUUCCUGUUCCCUGCUUCUCUUUUGUUUCUUGUUCCUACAAUCUACUUUUUCUUCUGCUCCUCUUCUCUUUAUGCAUAGACCCUCCUUUCAAUCUCCUUCCCACCCUAAUUCUUCUCUUGUUUCUGAAUUUGUUGGUGUCAACUGAUAUGUUGCCCAAAAGAUUGUGCAUUGGCAAUCGAUCAGGUAGCCAACCUGACCUCCUCCACUGGAAUAAGGUUGGGUUAUUUCAUGGAGGGUUGAAGAUGCUUGCUGAGCCAAACAAAAUUGUAAUGCACGGAGUCAUUUUGACUUACCCAUACUCCCAUGCCAAAAGAACAAAAACCUACAAAAACUUGAUGCAGCACGGUUCAUGGUGUUUGUAAACUUUUGUCACAUUGCAUCGACUUAGUAUCAUGGGCAUUGGAAAAUAUAAUGUCAUCUGUCUAAUUGCAAGAAGAUGCCCUUCAAAUAGUUUAGCACACAAAUGAAAACACAAAUAUGGAGAUGAGGUUCUAUUGAGCUCUCAGUAGAGAAAAUUUUCCAAGCUCAGUUUGGUGUUACUGCUACAAGGCUUUUUGGACUUUGAUCUAUUGGAUCAUAUACAGGAAUGAGAGUGAUGGAGGAAGUAUUGGCAGUGACGGAGCAACAUGUUGAAGAGGAACAAAGGGCAUCCAGGAUAUGCAAACAAGCAAAAAUCCAAACUGAGAGUUCAAUAAGAAGAUGGAGGUGGGGAACUGCAAGUUUGAGGAAUUGAAAUUGACAUUGAAAAGAGGUACCAUGCAUGAAAGAACCAUUUCUUAAAGGUUCUAGAAGAGAAAUCAAAGACGCUAGAUAGAGAUGAGGCUUGGAGAUCAGAGUGCAGUAUAUUUGUUUUCCUUGUGUCCACUUCUCAACUAUUUAGUUGACGAGAUAUGGGUGUCAAUACAUAUUGUUUAUUAAAACAAUAUGAUCAAGAUUGUUGGUCAUAUGAUUACCCCAAACCGUAUCAGAAAGUGCAAAAUUUCCAACCCAUGCAAUAUCACUAUUUGGGCCUUGCAAGCAUGAAUGAGGAGAAAAAUGAAGUAAGUUGAUUUCUCUAUCAUCUGUUUUUUUAGUGGUUAUAUUUGGCAGUUCAUCCUAGGUUGGUAUCUCUUUAUCCCAAGUCAUUUGGUAGAUCUGUGACUGUUGCAUAAAUACUCACCAUUGCAUUUGUCUUUUUUUUUUUAUCUUUUCUCUCUUUCUACCUUUAAUGAGCUUUUUGUUUUCCAUUUUAAUCUCUUAGUUUGGUUGUUUCAGAAAGUACUAUCAGCAAAACCAUGAUUUAUCAUUUGUCACUUGGCCCAUUUUUUUUUUCCUUGUACUUGUUUCAUUUUGGCAUUUGACCAUCUUGUGCAAGUGUAGCCUUAUGACAAUGCAAAACUCGAAGAACACUCGGUAUUUUGUCAUGGAUCAAAUACACUGCAAUGUGUCUUCCAAACGGUGACUUGAUAAAAGGGCCUUAGUUGCACCUGAAAUGGAUGGCAAUAUUCCUCCAAUUACAAUGAACCUAUGUCUAUUAGACUGUAAACAGUUCUGAAAUUAGUUGGUUCAAGGGGCUGUGCCAUGCAUGUGGCUUAGCAAUUUGCUCCACCAUGAGAUAUGGUGGGAACAAGCGCAUUCAACAGACUGAAACGAGUGGAUUAUAGUUUUCAUUGAUCAACACACAUUCGAAGAUGAAAGAUUGCAUUAUUAGUGUUCGAAACCCCCUGGAUCCUGGUUGCAGUAUGCGGGGAAUUCCAACUUUGGUUGUUUGUUCCACCCGCACAUUUGGCAUCCGAAACCUUCAACUUUCUCACAGUCAAAGGGGAGCUGCUGCAUAGCCCCGACUCAACCCAGCCGCGAGCAAAACUGCUGAUGUUUAGUGUUGGUAGUUCAUGGUAAUGCUUCUGUAACCUCUUGCUGCUGCAUGUGUGCUCUUGAGAAAUCCCCGCUCAAGUGACGAAUAUAUGCAGUGUUCUGGGACGAAUAUUAGCCAACACAGUUUCCUACUAGUCUUUCAGAUCAAAGAAAAUGUGUUUUCAAACGGUUGAAUACAUUCACUUGAUUGUAGAGAUUGUUAUUGAUUUAGAUUCUCUUGAUUGUAAGGAUUGAGAUUGAUGUUGAUUGAAUUCCUUGAUUAUAAGGAUUGAGAUUUAUUUUUUCUUUUGCCUCAUUA